AUGUCUGAUAACAUCCAAGUUGUCGUCCGAUGUCGAGCCAGAAACGACAAAGAGGUUGCUGCACGCUCUCCUGCCAUCCUAGAACUUCCAGACCCCGUCUAUGCGGGCGGCUCAUCGUAUAUUCACGUCAAUCUAAACUCAGACUCAAACAGUCAUAACUCUGCAUACUCCCAUGGUUCAACCUCUCAAAAGGGUCAAAAACGUUUUAAAGUUGAUCAAGUAUACGGCCCUGGUGCGGAUCAGGCGCUUCUUUUCGAAAACGUUGCAGCGCCGCUCUUUCUAGAUUUUGUGCAAGGGUCCAACGUCACCAUUUUGGCAUAUGGCCAGACGGGACUGGGAAAAACGCAUACCAUGUGUGGAGAUUUUUAUGGGGAUGGCUCUGGAAUUAUUCCGCGAGUGCUAUCACGACUUUUUGCCGAGUUGGUGGGAAGUGAUUACAUGGUCAAAAUGUCAUGUAUAGAAUUGUACAAAGAAGAAUUGCGAGACCUUAUUGACGACGAUUUGAGUCUUGCUUCUGUACGUGCGAAGCUUCGAUUGGUGCCUGAUCUGGGUAGAGACUCUGCUGCUGCUGCACCACCCAAGAUUCAAAACUUAUGCGAGUUGCCUAUAGAUACCGCGGAUAUGGCACUUCGAGUCGUAGAGAGAUGCUUGGGGAAGCGUCGUGUAGGCGCGACAAAACUUAAUGACUUCUCCUCUCGAUCUCACACUAUUCUCUCCAUCAACUUGUACAAAGAGGUGGCCUCUUCUUCGGGUAAUCCUCAGUAUCGUGUGUCGCGGAUGAACCUUGUAGACUUGGCUGGCUCCGAGGAUAUUAACAAAUCUGGUGCUGUCAACGAGCGGGCUCGUGAGGCGGGCUCCAUUAAUCAAAGCUUGUUAGCCCUUGGAAAGGUGAUCAAUUGUCUCAGUGAAGGCAAAGAUCCAAAGCAUGUGCCCUAUAGAGAGAGCAAGCUUACUAGGCUUCUACAGGGUCUGUUAGGAGGCAAGACCAAAACUGCUCUAAUUGCCACUGUCUCCCCUGCCCAGAUCAAUAUUUCAGAGACCUUAAGCACUUUGAACUAUGCGCUGAAGGCCAAAAAUAUCAAGAAUAUCCCACAAAGCAUUCAUGAUAGUGAGACUAUGCUCAAGCGUGUUCUUGUGAGCGAUUUGUCUGCUCAAGUCGCAAGACUCACGCGAGAUAUGCUAGCGUCCAAAGACAAGGAAGAUUUUGUCAAAAUCAGUCAAGAAAACUACACGGAGUAUACCUCGAAUGUUAAUCACUUGCAAUCCCAUCUAGAAGAGAAGAAAACCCGUGUAUCAUCGCUUGAACUGGCACUAGACACAAAGAAUGCUGAGAUUGGUUCCCUCAAAAGUCAACUUGCAAAUGUUGAGCGGAGAAUCGUUGAUUUUACAGCCGAAAUGGCCACAAAAGAUAAAGAAAUUAUGCGGCUCAAUCAGAACUUUUUCAAAUUGCAAGAGAAGCAUCUGCGUCAAAACCAAAAGUUGGGUCAAAUUAUGGAGAACAACAUCGCUGACAUCAACCAGAACUUGAAAAACAUGAUCACAGGUAUCGCAAGUAAUCGUGACAAGAUUUCCCACAGUUUAGAAUCUUCGAAGCGCAAGCUAAUCGAUGAUUUGAUCUCGAGUCAAACAAAAUUAGCGCAAGGUAUCGAAGAGCUUCAGAAGGUGCUUGAUAUUCGUGAUUUUACAAAUUCUGUGGUUGAAAACAAUUUUGAUGUGUCCUUGUUCCGUCAAGAAUUUGACAAAUACGAUGUUGCUAGUGAGUUCCAUCACUUAGGCUCAGCACAAGGGAAACUCAGGCAAGACACUGGCGAGUUGCUUCGAGCAGAAGCACACCAGCCACUCGUGGAUGAAUUUGUAAGGCAAAGUCAUGAUGAGGCAAAUAUAGCAAAGCAGAGACUACUUUCCGAAAUCACGGGAACAAUAGACACAAUGUUCAGCGCACACCAAGGCAAGCUCGAGCGGGCUCUCGGGCAGAUAGCGCUGAAUGUUCUCAGCAGCACGGAAGAUAAACUCGUGACCAAAUUCGAUGAGUUCGAUCGUGAAACACGGAUUGUCACAGGGAAAAUUGAGGACAAAACUGCACAUCUCAAACGUAACAUCUCGGCACUUGAGGAAGGAUUUGAUACCAACAAGGCCAUAGUCAGAGAUCAAAUUGUCACGAUGGUCGAGCAAAGACUCAGCAAGGGUGUCACCGCGUUGACUGGGACUGCUCUUUCCGAAACAGACGGUGCGGAGAACGGUAUUCUACAAACUUUUGAGCGACUCUCUCACGAAAUCAGUCACUCGGGCGAAAGCUUUCAAGGAAAUAUCGUUGCUGCCUCUGCUGAUCUCUCAAAUUUUGCGCAAACAUUAUCGACCAUAAGUCCAGGACAAGCAUCGCCGGAGCGGCCCGGCCACUUGGCUGUGAGACUGGUGAAUACGUUGGGUAGUCCCAAGGAAAAGAAACGGAAGUUUUCGCCAAUGAAGGUAGAAGAAAAGCUUCAGCACAGUCGAAUUCCGCAAUUGAGUCCUGUAAUCAAGAGAUAG